GAACCGCUCAUGGCAGCCGAUGCCGUGGCCCACAACCGCCGUCGUCCUUCUGCAUCCAAAAAUUCGACUGCCGAAACCGCGAGACUCCGAUCACAAAAUCAUGCGGCCGAUAACCUGGGUGUCGAUCCAGAUACAUGUCGCAUCUGUCGCGGCGAAGGAACCGACGAUGAGCCCCUCUUCUACCCCUGCAAAUGCAGUGGUAGUAUCAAAUAUGUUCACCAGGACUGCUUGAUGGAAUGGCUUUCCCACUCCCAGAAGAAACACUGCGAGCUCUGCAAGACGUCCUUCCGCUUCACCAAGCUCUACUCCCCAAAGAUGCCGAGCACCAUCCCCGUCCACGUUUUCGUCGGCCACAUGGCCAAAUACAUCUUGAGGAACCUCCUCGUCUGGCUCAGGGCCGCACUUGUCGUUGCCGUGUGGCUUUGCUGGUUACCCUGGCUCAUGCGAUCCGUCUGGUCCUUUCUCUUCUGGCUGAGCAACGAAGGCAUCGGGGCUCCUCUCUGGGGUCCCGACGUGAAUCUCGGUCCGCAUGGACCGGGAUUCUCUCCCGCCGUCUCCCCCCGGCCACUACACCUUGUCAAUACCUGUCCCGCACAUCCCUUCGUCGACGCUUCUUUCUAUGGCGCGUCAACCUAUGGGAUGGGACAGCAGCUGGAAGAGAUGAUACGCCUGCAGCCGUCCGCCCCUUUUACCACCACCUGGCAUGGCGUGAACAUUUCAACCAACGAUUCGUUCUCGGCAGCGUUUUUGCGGACCGUUUUCGGUUUCGCGGCGUCUUCGUCUCCCGACCGGAACAACGUCUGCCCUGCCGACCGUGGCCAGGUUCCCGUCGAUCACGGAUCGCUGUUGAGCGACGUCUCCUUCCUGCGGGAUCUCACGCCGUAUCCGUUUGUGAAUCGCACGAUGAUCACUAUCCUCGAAGGGCAGAUUAUCACCAUCCUAGUCAUUGUGUGCUUCAUUCUUGUCAUCUUAGUUCGAGACUAUGUCGUACAACAACAACCCGAGAUUAACAUGCGAGCCGCUCUCAACGAGAACCCCCAGCCUCAACCCCAACCUCAGCCUCAGCAGCAAGACCCAGAGCUCCAGCGUAUGGUCGAGCAGGUUGAAAACCUUCCCGGCCCUGAUGACGACGGAGAAGACGAUGUGAGCGAUAUUGGUGGUCUCGACGGGCUGAACAUUCGGCUUGAGACGAAUGUGGAUCGGCGCUUCGUGGAACAAGACUGGCAAGAUAGUGCAUCGCAACCCGAAACGUCUCUGCACUCUGAUGUGAGGGAAGAGGCCUCGCAACCUAGUUCUGCCACAGCCGCAUCUCUUGAACACGAUAUUUCCAAUCGCGAAUCCUCGAACCAAGGUGUCCUCGGCGUUUCGCCAAGGGAACAGGCCACUAGUCCCGUUGCCACGGUUCAUGAGUACUUGCGAAUCUAUCGACAAGCGAACGGGGAUCCUGACCUCAUCCUUCAGACCAUCAAGGACGAGAAUCUGGAGGAUACCCUUGGCUACUGGGCAGGAGUGACGAGAUCUAUGAUGGGCAAGAACAAGGAGGGGGCUCAAGCGCCGUCUGAUCUUGCUACCGAUGAACCGACCACAUCGACUGAGGAGGAAGCAGAGUCAUCACAGCGGGCCCCGCCACCGCAGGAAUCAUGGCCAAUGCCUCUCCCGGCGCCUUCGGCCCCUGAAUUCACCUGGCCGUCCAACGAUGCCCAAGGGACAAGGAACGGGGACGCCGAGGGGGAUGUGAAUGGCAAGGGGAAGGGGAAGGAGGUGGAGCGUGACGACAUACAAGCCAACGCACAGCCGGCGCCGAGCCUUAGUCCUCCAGCACCUAAUUAUAACUUCCUUAGACCACGCGCCGCUUCUGAUGGACCUCAGCGAUUCGACACCACCAACCCUCUUGCCAACAACAGUUGGUCAUUCACUGGCAUCUCAUCGGACGACACUCGUCCCGGUCCGUCGAACGACCGGCACAUCCCUGAAUCUCACCCUGAGCAAUCUUCUGUAGCGGGAUCUUUCAGACAUUUGGACGGCCACCAAGAAGGCGUUUCUCCUUACCAUGAGCAUGGUAGGAUAGUGGACGCCGAUAGUUCCAGCCAGCAUAACGGUGUGCCGAACUCCCCAGCUUCCGGCACGCAGAGGCCAGACGUUGAAGUCUUCGGUCCUCUGCCUCAGCACGAGUCGGGAGAAACCACAAAUGAGCCCGCGACGGGUGAGACUGGUCCUGGAGAGCAGAUGGCAGUCGAAGGGGCCCCUGCGCAGCAACGGCCCCCACUUCAGCGUGGUGUCAUGGACCAGCUAGCAGAUUUCAUGUGGAGGGACGUCGAACCCCUUGAGAGAAUCGGCGCGGACGAUCGUGUCGAGGACCUAGAUGAUAACACUGAUACCGAGGGUGAGCCGGACCACGACGUUGCCGACGAUGACGACGACGACGACGACGACGGCUUUGAAGAUGUGCCAGACCUGGAAGACGAAGAACACCGGGAUCCCGACGUCGUCGAUGCUGCAGUUGCCGCCGGUCUCGACCCUGAAGCCAUGGAUGAUGCCGAAGAUAUGGAAGGCGUCCUGGAGCUCGUCGGCAUGCGAGGGCCCGUGGUCGGGCUGUUCCAGAACGCCGUAUUCUGCGCCGUGCUGGUGUCUGUCACCAUCUUCCUCUGCGUCUUCUUGCCCUACAACUUUGGGCGGGUGAGCGUCUGGGCUCUGAUGAAUCCUAUGCGGCUGGUGCGGAUGCUUUUCAGUUUCACCAAGUUCGUACAGGACCUGGCCGUCGCGCUCGUGUCUGGUGCCUGCAGCGGGUUCCUCGCUAUUUUGUUCUACGUCGGCAACGCGCUGGGGCUGUGGUUGCCGUCGGCCCGCCGCUCAUGCGUGGCCCUGCGGAUCCAUACCUGGGGCAUCUCCACCAACGCUACGGUCCGCGUCUUCGAGAGCUUGGCUGGCGAUCUCCCCCUCAUCUCCGCCACCGAGAUCCAAAACUUUUCGGCCGUCAGCCACCAAGCGUUGCUGGACUUGAAAGCCUCCGUGUCGACCUUCUUGCUCAGUGUUGGCACCGCGUUGGAAAUUGUUUUCGACGGGGGACUACCCGCCCACGCCCUCCAACUCAUGCGCUGGGCGACCGAGGCUGCCUCGACCGCCUUCCACGCCCUCCGCAGCGUACCGCUCAAGCUCCUGAAUCCUGCUUCCUGGGUGAUCAGUUUCGGGGCCUCGGAGUCAACCGUUUCCAUCGACCCUGCCCUGGCGUCCUGGUCAGGAACGGACCGGUUCUGGGCCAUCAUGUGUGGCUACCUGAGUUUGUCCGGACUCGGCGCUCUCUAUCUUCGUCGCGGCACUCCUUUUUCUUCCGGACAGGUGGCUCAAGAGUGGGAAGCGUCUCUGAUCGACCUACUCAACCAGGCUAGCGGCGUCAUGAAGGUCAUCUUGAUCAUAAGCAUCGAGAUGCUUGUAUUCCCGCUGUACUGCGGCCUUCUCCUGGAUGCCGCCCUGCUGCCCCUGUUUGAAAACGCGACGGUCAAGUCUCGGAUUGCGUUCAUGGCCAACUAUCCCCUGACGUCCAUUUUUGUUCACUGGUUCGUGGGCACCGGGUACAUGUUCCAUUUCGCUCUGUUCGUGUCUAUGUGCCGCAAGAUUAUGCGCAAGGGCGUGCUCUACUUUAUCCGUGACCCCGAUGACCCUGAAUUCCACCCCGUCCGCGAUGUUCUCGAGCGUAAUGUAGUGACACAACUUCGCAAGAUCCUCUUCUCUGCGUUUGUGUAUGGCGCCCUGGUGGUUGUCUGCCUCGGUGGCGUUGUAUGGAGCCUGGCAAUCUCCCUCAAGAACGUCUUGCCGAUCCACUACUCCUCCAACGAACCGGUGCUCGAGUUCCCCAUUGACCUGCUCUUUUACAAUUUUGCGAUGCCGCUGGCGGUCAAGUUCUUCAGGCCGAGCGACAAACUGCACGCCAUGUACACCUGGUGGUUGCGCAAAUGCGCUCGCGGUCUCCGACUCACCUGGUUCCUCUUCGGAGAACGACGCAUCGACGAAGAAGGUGUCCUCGCUCUGCGAUCGGAUUCGCCGCACCUCAAGCGCCCCUGGUGGAGGCGAUGCUUCCUUGUGGUGAACAAGAGGAACCAAGUCGUCCCCCAGACGUGGCGGGGUCUCCUCGAGGUCAGCACCGGCAAGCCAGGCGCCAGCUUGUCCAAAGACAAGAUGAUCAGGGCCACGCUCGAGAAGCGCAUGCUGGUCCAGUCGGGCCAACUCAUUAAGGAUGGUCGCUUCGUCCGCACACCUGCGUCUGACCAGGUCAAGAUCACCAAGGGUAACCGGAUCUUUGUGGAAGUAACGGAACAUAAUGAACGGAUCGAUGGCAAACCUGACCUCCCAGGGUCAGACCUCUACUCUACGGACCAGUACCAGCUGGUCUACCUGCCUCCUAACUUCAGGUUCAGGAUCUUCCUCUUCAUCCUGUUCAUCUGGCUAUUUGCAGCAGUAACAGGCGUCGGCUUCACCAUCAUACCGCUCGUCUUCGGUCGCGCCGUGUUCGAGCACCUCAUCCCGGCCCAUAUUCGCACCAACGACAUCUACGCCUUUAGCAUGGGCAUCUACCUUCUCGGAUCGGCCGUCUACCUCUGCUUCCACGCCAAGUCUAUGGCUGCACGGGUAGGAAGAUGGGCGUCAGGCGUCAGGGACACCGUGUGGGACCGCGCCACGCUCCAGCGCGUCUCCUCGGUAGCGCUCCAGGUCGCCAAAGUGGUCUACGCAUACUCGAUGCUCCUCAUUGUCUUCCCCCUCAUCCUCACCUCGCUCAUGGAACUGUACGUCAUCCUCCCGCUGCACACCUACGUCGACCCGCCUUCCCCCUACGUCAUCCCGACCGGCAACACCACAACCACCGGCCUCGCGACCGGUACCUCUGCCGUCGUCGUCCCCAGCCAGCACACGGCGCGCGCAGUCCAGUCAUGGACGCUGGGCCUCCUCUACGUCAAACUCUCCGCGCGCACCAUCACGUCCUUCUACGGCGGCACCCGUCCCGCAGCCGCCGUCCGCGCCGUCCUCCGCCGCGGCUGGCUCCGCCCCGACACCUCCGUCCUCACGCGCGCCUUCGUCCUCCCGGGCCUCCUCCUCGCCGCCGUCGCCCUCUUCGGCCCGCCCUACGCCACCUCCCUGCUCGAGGCCCGCGGAUGGUUGGGCCGCUUUGCCCCCGCGCCGCAUGAGCUCGUCAUGAUGUACCGCCUGUCCUACCCCGCCGCGGCGCUCAGCGCCCUCGCGGUCGGCGUGUUCUGGAGCGUGGUGGGCGUGGUGCAUUCGUGGCAGGUCCGGAUCCGGGAUGAGGCGUAUCUGAUUGGGGAGAGGUUGCAUAAUUUCGGGGUGGGCGCCGCUGAGGCUGCUGCGGCG